AUGGCGCGUGUUGAAAGACCCGUUUUCACAGUCACGGCCCCCAACGGGGAACAAGUCCCUGUCCUUGUCUUUGCCCUUCCUGUAGAGGAAGAUGAGUGCGUUUCUGCUGCUGAGUUCCUCCCUUUUGAGAAAGAGGAGAAGAAAAUUCCUGCCGUCGUGGCCUCUGGCCCAACCGACGCAGAAAUUGAUGCCAUGUCGAUCGACGACAUGCUGGCGAUCAUCGAGCGCGACACUGAGGAAAUCGUGCAGAAGAUGAAGAAAGAAAGGGAGGAUGCUGGUCGAGGUUGA